UUCGCACAUCAAACUCCAAAUCUCCUCUGUUUUUACUUUCUUUCCAAGCAAUCAAUGGUUUGCUCUAAUUGUGUUUUAUCCAUUCCCUCUUCUUCUUAUAUUCCAUUCCAUUUCCCAUUGUUUCCAUUGCCAAAUCAACAAUUUCCCACACAUACCAAAACCCCUUCAACAAUGGCGAUUACGAAGCAACAUUUGAUCCCGCUUUUCGCUAUCUCAUUUCUCUUGUUUUCCCAGCUCCAUUGCUCAACAACUUCAGCCCAAGCUCCGGCUCAGUCUCCCGCACCACCUGGUCCACCAGACGUCGCCAAAAUCCUGCAAAAAGCCGGCCAAUACUCCGUCUUCGUUCGUCUUCUCAAAUCCACCCAAGUCUCCGACCGUCUCAUUGGCGAGCUCAAAGAUACAGAUGAUGGGAAGACCAUUUUUGCCCCCACUGAUAAGGCUUUCUCCGCCCUCAAAUCUGGUGCCUUGAAUUCACUCAACGAUGAACAAAGGGUUCAGCUGGUGCUAUUUCACGUCGUCCCAGAUUAUAUCCCAUUUUCCCAAUUCCAAACAGUUAGCAACCCUAUGAGAACACAAGCCGGAGAUAGCGGCGACGGUGAGUUUCCUCUCAACGUCACCACUUCGGGAAACACAGUGGUUUUAAAGACGGGGCUGAUGAAAACCAGUGUUAGUGGUACCAUUUAUACCGAUGGUCAGCUGGCUGUUUAUCGAGUCGAUCAGGUGCUUCAACCUUUGCAAGUCUUCGCUGCUAGGUCUUCAGCUCUGGCACCGGCACCGGGAAUGUCUAGGAAGGCUGCUGACGUUGAUGGGAACUCCAAAGCUUCGAGCCUUGCCAUGCAAAACUUAGCUUUGUUUGUAGUUAGUGUUAUAGCUUUUGCACUUUCUUUGUGACAAUAAAAGGGUUUUGAUAGGAUUUCGUGAUGGAAAAUUCGGGGACCUCCACUUAUUGCCUAUGGUUCUCUUCUCUCAUGGGCUAUUGAAGAUGAAAGUUGUGAUUUGUGCGUGCAAAUUUUCUUGUUUUUUUUUUUUGUGAAUUAUGAUUGUUAUUAUUAUAUAUUUAAUAUCCAUAAACAUAUAUAAUUCUUUUUGUUUUUAAAAUUAAGAGUGUGUUUUAAUAUCUUCGUAAUUGAAUUUGAAUGUAAUUUGAUUUGAAUGUCUGAUUGGACAACACAGGGUAAUUGUGUGAAAAUGUAAUUAUUAAUGUAGAAGUUACACUCUCUUGUAAUUAUAAAGAA